UGGACUGGGGAGCUCUUAGCAGGGGAGGCGGGGGAGUCACUCCGUACAGUCGCCGCGGGGAGGGGAAGGGGCAGAGCCCAGAGAGCAGCCCACUCACGGGAAGGAGGACCAUGAGCUGGGAUGGUCAACCAUCUGUCACUUGCCCCUAUUUUUGAUACCUGCCCGGUAUUUUGAAAGGGGCAGGUACCACCAUUUACUUCACACACACCCAGGUUUCUUCAGAUUUAAGAGCACAAGCUGUAGCAGUUAAAAGUGAACAAUGGAACCGAAUGUUUUGUUUCCAAGAUAAACUUCGUUUUGGUUACAAAAUCAAUGCAAGCGUCUGUAUUCCACAGAAAUCCUUGGCAAGGGCCAUCUCUUUCCCCCCACCCUCCUCCUCAGCUUUGAUUAGCUUGAGAGCUGUCCCCCAAAGUAGGGUUGCCAACUUUUCCUCUGGCAGGACUGACACUAAAAGCUCUUCAUAUAACAAGUUCUAGCUGCUGCUGAAAAAAUUAAGGCUAAAAAAAGGAAGAUGGCUUCAAACCCACCUGGACAAGGCUUUCAGAAUAAAAACAGAGUUGCAAUCUUGGCUGAGCUAGACAAGGAGAAGAGAAAACUACUGAUGCAAAACCAGUCUUCCACAAAUCACCCUGGAGCCAGAGUUCUGCAGCCACUCUACCAAACAUAUGAACUCCCCAUCAUGAAGACUAUGGACCCCUGCAUCUCUCUAGCUAGAUCUUCCCUUAACAAAGAUUUUCGGGAUCAUGCUGAACAACAGCACAUAGCAGCACAGCAAAAGGCUGCCUUACAGCACGCACACGCACAUUCUUCAGGAUACUUUAUAACCCAAGACUCGGCCUUUGGAAAUCUUAUUCUUCCGGUGUUGCCACGGCUUGAUUUAGAAUGAGAGAAUAAUUGGAAUGAAGCGCUUCCAUGUCCAUCCAGGACUGCUGCGGUUGCUUUCCAAGUCUUCAGUAGGUGACGUGUGGAAAUAGCAGAGGACUCUCAGCUGGAGGGAGGGGUUUACUUGCUCAUUGUAAUGACUUUCCUUUUUGACACAGGCAUUUGUUUUUAGGCUACAUUAAACUUUUCUAAGUAAGUUCA